CUUAUAACAAGAGUUUCAAGCGACUCCUGCCGACAAACGGAUCACAAGGGGAAAGGGACGAACAGGAGAGGGUGAGUUGUCUGUUCGCCUCUGCGGUGAGAUUUGUUGACGAGAAAUGGAGAAAUAGGGUGUAACCUUAUCUGCCUACCGGUUCGCUGGAUAAAUGUCCCGCUGGAAACCUGAACUUGUCACCUGUGUCAGCCAAUCUGUGAAAAUCAUCCCAAAGAGGUUUUAAUACAUCUUCUAUGCAACUGAAAAGAGGCCCAGAUGCUCCAGGAUGGAUCAGGUACUUCCCAGCCAGAGCUCAGCUUCGGAUCUGCCAGAACCAGACAGCGAGGAGCUCCAGCUCAGAGUGGACUUCUUCAGGAAACUGGGUUACUCCUCAGCAGAGGUGAAGGCUGCUCUAAAGAAGUUGGGGUUCUGUACAGACACAAACUCAGUGCUCGGAGAGCUGGUUCGGAACAGGACCGGCACUACACACUGCAUGUCCACUUCUGACAGUGAUGAGAGGAACACAGGCCAAAAGGAUCCUCUUCUGCCUGCCAGCUGGGCCCUUGGAUCCAGAAUCACACCACAACUGGGGGACCGGAAGAAUUCAGACACAGAAUUGAGGCCUGUUGUUAUUGACGGCAGCAAUGUUGCCAUGAGUCAUGGCAACAAGGAAGUGUUCUCCUGCCGAGGCAUCCAGCUGGCCGUUAAUUUUUUCUUGGACAGAGGUCAUAAUACCAUUACUGUAUUUGUUCCCUCAUGGCGCAAAGAGCAACCCAGACCUGAUGCCCCCAUAACAGAUCAACACAUGCUGAUGGAGCUUGAAAAACGUAAAAUAGUGGUCUUCACUCCAUCGCGUCGAGUUGGGGGUAAGCGAGUGGUUUGCUAUGAUGACCGCUUUAUCGUCAAGUUGGCGCAUGAGUCGGAUGGAGUGAUUGUAUCCAAUGACACCUACCGUGACCUCCAAGGCGAAAGACCUGAGUGGAAGAAAUGCAUCGAGGAGAGGCUACUCAUGUACUCCUUUGUGAAUGACAAGUUCAUGCCCCCUGAUGACCCUCUGGGUCGCCAUGGCCCCAGUCUUGACAACUUCCUUAGGAAAAAGCCUCUGCCAACAGAGCAGAAGAGACAACUCUGUCCUUAUGACAAAAAGUGCACAUACGGCAUCAAAUGUAAGUUUUACCAUCCAGAGCGGGCAAACCAGUCCUACUUGUCCUUGGCUGAUGAACUAAGAGAAAAAGCACAGAUUUCUACUGUAAAGGAAGAGAGAAAUGCCAGAUUAUCGCCGAGACAGCUUGUGUCUGAUACUGGGCAUGCCCAUAAUGCUUGUUCCCAUCCUCGAGACUCUAACUCAGAGCUCAUUAGAGACGGGCAAAGUUCUUCACAUCAUAAUCACACUAGUGAAAAUCAUCUGAUGUACUGGGAGGAUCCCAGAAACAGUUCAAAUCAUAUGCCCUGCUCUGUUACAGGAGGCCAGUGUCAGAAAGAUUGGCCAGGGCUACACUCGGUGCCCAAUCAUUACUAUGCCAACAUCUCUCACGAGUACCUGGAUUCUGGUCUCGGUUCAUUUGAGAGCCAGUACUCUGAUAAAUCGCAUUGCCUCAGCAACUCCCACAGGCCCAGGUCCCAGCAACAAAGUGCCCUCGCUGGACCCAGACACACCGUAGUGCAUUUAGGGAAAAAUAACACCAGCCUCUCCUGUAGGUGCUGUUCCCAUGCAGUAUCCUCAACAGCUCACCAACAACAGCAGGGAAACCUGGACUCUAAGAGUCAACCCAACUAUCCUCCUCACAUGUUCCUACCAAGUGUGCCACACCAACACAGCCUCCCCAACCAUGUCCAUUACAGUGGACCCCUCCAUUUUCAGCAAAAUUACUGGUCAGAUCCUUUUCAGGGGCUGCUCCAAAGUAGGACAUCAUGCAGUCUCCCCUCUUCAGUCCAUUCCUCAAACUCCCACAACUCUUACAAAGGCCGUGAGUACCAUUCCUGGGGCCAACAACAGCCAUCUUCUGCUGCAUUCGACCCACAAAGGUUGGAACUCCGCAAGAAACUGCAAGCCAUCUUCAAUCCACAUCAGGUGGAUACAGUCAUGGAAAUGUUCCCACAUCUGAUGGAUGCGGAGAAACUGGCUGCAGAGAUCCUCAACCUGAAAGGUCAGAGAGGGAUAUUCUGAUGAUUUUCUUCCUUUGCACCCUCUUCGGUCAGGACUGUGUUGACCUCAGUUCUAUCCCAGAUGUCUGUCACAGGAAACGGAGAAUUUCUUGAGAAGUUUCUAUAGUGUCUAUAGCGGAAUAAUUUUAAAGCUAAUUGCAAAGAUGUUUAGGUCUGUGUGAUGUGCUAUCAUGAAAGUGAAAUUUUCCUUCUUAUUCAUGAACAAAAUAGAUAAUUUGUUCUGAAUUACAUGCAUUUGUAUGACACUGUAGUCAAACGUGACCUUGUCAUCCAUGUUUUGGAUGAAAAGUGGCUCUAGACCACAGAUAGCUACGACUGAGUUUCUAGAGUUUAAAGUGUUGAUGCAUAUUGUGUCAAAUGUGAUCUGUUGAAAGUUCUCAUGUUAUAGGGAAUGGUUGUUUAACAUAUUACUAACAUAAAUCUUUUGAUUUCACUGUAGUUCUCCAGAACAGGCUGCUGUUCACUCAACAUUAUCACUGUGAGGUGUAGCCACAGUAUAUUUCAAUAUGUUGUGGCCAUCAUUUAGUGUCAAUCCAACAAAGUAUCCUCACUCCCAAAUAGUAUUUACUGUAGACUCUAAUCUAAUAAGGAAACUAAGAGAAAGACUUUGGCAGUAGUGAGAAGAAUUUGCUGGUGUGUCAACACCAGUUUCCUGUAAAUCAGUAUCAGUUCCAUGGAACAUUCUCUGAAGAAGUGCUGUUGUAACACUACACGCAUAUUCAGGCUGCUGUGUAAUUGAAAGUGUUGUAAAGAAGAAAAAAGUAUGGAAUUUAGUUCUCGUGAACAUGCAGAUGUAUGCUUUCUUACACUUAAUCAAAUCACUUACUGUAAAUGUAAACUAAAAUAGACAUUAAUCAUAAGCAUGUAUAGAAAAAAAACAUGUCACUGGAAAUAAAAAAAAAUUGUCAGAUAUUAUGUGUCCCAGUUUGAGUUACUCAUAAGGUUAGUGCUGUACGUCUUUCUUGAGCUAAGCUAAUGCUUCUUUAAAUAGGUCUUCAAAGUUUACAGCACAAAGAAACAGAAACCUGGUAUUGGCAGUCACUCUGGCUUACAUCAUAACGUAUUGCCUAAAAAUGCUACUAAAUUUCACAAUUACUGUAUAUUUCCUUUGCACAGCUAUGUCUACUACAGCCGUUUUUCGG